AAAAAGCAGCUAAACCCAUCUCUUCUCUCCUUGCAGGGAAUAACAAAAAUAGAGAGGAAUUAAGGAAAUUAGAAAUGGGAGCGAUGUGGAUUGUGUUGCUCUGCCUCUCGGUGGUAACAACACUCACUGUGGUUCAGGGUGAAGACCCUUACCUCUUCUUUGAAUGGAACGUCACCUAUGGCACCAUCGCUCCCUUGGGUGUUCCUCAGCAGGUCAUCCUCAUCAACGGCCAGUUUCCCGGCCCCAACAUCAACUCCACCACUAACAAUAACAUUGUCAUCAAUAUCUUUAACAAUCUAGACGAGCCUUUCCUCGUCACAUGGAGUGGAAUUCAGCAAAGAAAGAACUCCUGGCAAGACGGGUUGCCUGGAACCAACUGCCCAAUUGCCCCUGGAGCCAACUUCACGUAUCAUUUCCAAGUGAAGGAUCAGAUUGGUAGCUAUAUCUAUUAUCCCACCUUGGGAAUGCAGAGGGGAGCUGGCGCUUUCGGUGGCCUAAGGGUGAACAGCCGUCUGCUCAUCCCUGUUCCCUACGCUGAUCCUGCUGAUGACUACACCGUCAUUAUCCAUGACUGGUGGACUAAGAGCCACACCACCCUUAAGAACAUUCUGGAAAGCGGCCGGUCAAUUGGCAGGCCUGCUGGAGUUUUGAUCAACGGUAAGGUGGCCAAGGGUGAUGGUAAGGAUGAGCCUCUGUUCACCAUGGAACCUGGUAAGACUUACAAAUAUAGGAUUUGCAAUACUGGGUUGAAAACAUCACUCAACUUCAGGAUUCAGGGACAUAGCAUGCUGCUUGUGGAAAUGGAAGGAUCGCACACCGUGCAGAACUCAUACGAGUCCCUUGAUGUUCAUGUUAGCCAGUGCUAUGCUGUGCUGGUGACUGCUAACAAAGAACCAAAGGACUAUUACAUGGUGGCCUCCACUCGGUUCCAGAGGAAGGAGAUCACCGCUACUGGAAUCAUCCGCUACACUAACGGCAAGGGUCCUGCCUCCCCUGAGCUUCCUCCUGCUCCAGUUGGAUGGGCUUGGUCCCUCAAUCAGUUCCGUUCCUACCGCUGGAACCUCACUGCCAGUGCUGCCAGGCCUAACCCUCAGGGAUCCUACCACUACGGUGCAAUUAACAUCACCCGCACCAUCAAGCUCGCCAACACAGCCGCGAAAGUGAAGGGAAAGCUUCGGUACGCCAUCAACGGUGUUUCCCAUGUUGAUGCAACCACGCCACUCAAGCUCGCCGAGUACUAUGGGGUCGCCGAUGAGGUUUUCAAGUACAAUGUCAUCGAGGAUGAACCACCAACUUCAAUCAAGGAAGUCACCCUGCAAACCAUUGUCCUGAACAUGACAUUCCGUACCUUUAUUGAGAUCAUCUUCGAGAAUCAUGAAACAGCCGUCCAGUCAUGGCACCUUGAUGGGUAUUCAUUCUUUGCAGUCGCCAUCGAGGCUGGAACCUGGUCCCCUGAGAAGAGGAAGAACUACAAUCUUCUUGACGCGGUGAGCAGGCACACUAUCCAGGUCUUCCCCAAAUCCUGGGCGGCCAUCCUCCUAACCUUCGACAAUGCCGGGAUGUGGAACAUCCGGUCCGAAAUCUGGGAAAGGCGCUACCUUGGACAGCAACUCUACGCCAGCGUGAUCUCCCCUGCACGCUCCCUCAGGGACGAGUACAACAUCCCAGAUUACGCUCAGUUGUGCGGCAUCGUGGUGAACCUCCCCAAGCCUUCACCAUACACCAUCUAAACCACCAUCAUUCAGCCUUGCGCUGCGGCUCACAUAGAUCUAGAAGGUAAAGGGUGCGUGAGAGAUGAUGCAUUGGGGUGCUUUUGAGAUGAAAGUCGUGCAUGUUAGAUGAUAGUACCCAAUUUGCAGAAGAGAGCGCAGAUGAUCGCAAAGAAUAAGAAGGGUGCAUGGGAACAGUAUUAGAGCUGAUGAUUGUGUGUGCACUUUCCAACCCUUUCUAAAAUGCCCUUACAUUUUUGUGUACUUACUAUUUUAUUAUUUUAUUCGAUAUUUAUCUUAUGUUUUAGGAGUUAGUUUUUUGCCAGACAUUUUGCUUCUUUCCCUUCGUUGCCAAAUGAUUCAAUUUUAUAAAUUUGUAAUUUUUAUGACCUCUCACGAAAAUAUUUCAUUCUUCAAAUUUCAGAUAUUCAAGAGCCCUGCUUCUACUUUAGGGUGUGUGUUUCUUCCUCUUCUUCUUCUUCUUCCUUCAUUUUUUUCCUCUGUUUCCCCCUUUUUCUCGAUCAAAUGUUCUUUUUGGUCUCAACUAGCAUUUUGCUAAUUCC